AUGCUUUUCCUGUUUAGUGAAUCUGGAACUCUUCAGCAUUUCCGCCAAAGACUAAAUUCUGGCUGGGAUUGCGUUAUAAAGAUAAUCAAUGGAUAUGGCCAGGAGGCUACUCGCUUAACGCCAUUGAAAUUCGGGCGACUCAAAAGUCAAGAGAAGAAGCCUGCUGGCUUCACUAAUUGGGCUCCGGGUCAACCGAACUAUGAAGCGGGACAUUGUGCCUACAUGCAAGUGUUCUCCGGAUCGGAAUCUGCGUGGUAUACAGACGACUGCGACAACGAUCACAAUUACAUCUGCCAAGCGAAACCAUGCGACUCGACCAAUUAUUGUGAAGCAGAGUAG